AUGGCACAGAAACGUCGAAGUAGACAUACCAAGAAGCAAAAGGAGACUGCCCGAAAACGUGGCCCAAGCUACCUGCGCAAGGGAGUGGAAUUGGGACAGAAGGCUAACAUCAUUGCCGGCGGCUUUUACGAAGAGCCAACGCACCAACGUUGGUGCCUCAGCUGUCACAUCCCGGAAGGCCGCGAUCUUCCAGAUUUGCAGGCUAUUUUCAAUAAUCAGGUUCAAGUGCAACAGGUGCCCUAUGACUUGCGAUCGGGCAAGCGUGGCACCACAAUCAUCAUUUCAGGAGCUUCAAGCGCUAGCACCAAGAAGGGUAUUGUUGAUUCCCUUUCACAGCUAGACAUCGGUGAAGAAAAUACGUCUUCAAGAUCGACUCCCUCCCUCGUGAGUGACGAGUUAGAUAUGGCGAUUGAUCGAUCUUUGAAUGAGGAUGAGAUGGGUCAUACCUCUGACUGGGACUUGGUUGAAGCUUUUGACGAUAUCCCUGGAACUGAUGGCACCAACCAUUGCAUUGCGGAUGGCGCCGAUAGCCUCUCUGAGCAGGAGAGAAACGAUCAGCCUGCACCAAUGACCCCCACGUCGUCCUUCCAUGUUACCGAGCUGAUCAAUGGCUACGAUGGCGAAGAGCUCAUUAUUCAUGAGGAGGAUUUUGUGAAUUGGUCUGGCUCGGAAACGCCAAUUCUCUCUCAGGAUAACGAUCAUCCGCUCUCUUUCCAACGAGACACUACAGUCUCGUACAAAUUGACGAGCUCAGUGCGCGUUGCAAAUGACCCAAAGGGAGUUGACAAAAAUCACCAUAAGCUUCGUGUAUUAGCGGCAGCUGCAGCACUAGCUGCAGCAAGGCGACGAGUUGCAAAUUUAAUUUUGGAGGAUUGGUAG